AUGGAGCCGAAAACCAUCCGCUGGGGCAUCCUAGCCACUGGCGAAAUCGCGCAAACAUUCACCAAAGACCUCCUCGUGGACCCCAGCACCCGGAAUGUGACAACAAUCAAACACACCGUAGUAGCAGCAGCCAGUUCCUCGGGCUCUGCUCGCGCCCAGUCCUUCCUAACCACCCCGCCGACCCCGCACUCCCACCACUACCGCAACGUCAAGCUGUGCCUUGAGUCCGGCAAGAACGUCCUCUGCGAAAAGGCCUUCACCGUGAAUGCCGCGCAAGCGGCGGAGCUCGUGCGCAUUGCGCGCGACAAGGAUCUGUUCCUGAUGGAGGCGCUGUGGACGCGAUAUUUCCCGCUCUCGGUGUAUGUCCGUCAGGCCAUCACGCAGGGCAGGCUGGGAACGAUUAUGCGUGCUUUCGCGGAUAGUUCGCUGGACUUGAGUCCCGAGCAGAGCUUCGGACCGGAUCAUCGUAUGGUGAGCCCGGCGCUUGCGGGCGGCGCUCUGCUAGAUAUGGGGAUUUAUAGUCUUACGUGGAUUUUUCAGACGUUGUAUACGACGCAGUCGUCUGAGGAGCGGGAGAGAGCUCCCCCGCCGACGGUGGUGUCGAGUGUGCAGAAGUAUUCACUGACCGGGGUGGAUGAGACGGUGAGUAUGUUGUUGACUUUUCCCCGGGACACGGAGUUUGGUGGGGAUAUGCAUGGCGUGGCGACGACGGGGUUUUGCGUCCCGAAUGAUGGGACGAAGGGCGAGUUGCAGGUCUGGCCACCUAUUUACUGGUCGACUCGGACGAGGCUCGCUGCUGCGGAUGGCACGGUCGAGGAUAAGACGUGGACGCAGCCGGGGCCGGGAAGGGGGAGUAAUUGGUUCAAUGGGUAUUCGAUUGCGGGGAGGAAUCCCGAGGGCGAGGGGUAUGGGAUGUUUUGGGAGGCAGAUGAGGCUGGGUUGGCGUUGGUGGAGGGGAGGAAGGAGGGGCGGUCCUUCGGGCUUGAUGAGUCGGUGCUCAUCAUGGAGAUUAUGGAUAAGGUCAGGGAGCAGAAUGGCCUGGUCUAUCCUGAGGAGAUUGAGGCCACGGACAGGACGACGUAG